AUGGUGGGGUCUGUAUCAAACAUUUACGAAAGCGUACAAAAUCUGAACCAGACAUACAUACAACCAGACAAGACGAAGGACUCCCUUUUGAAACCAGUCGUUAAUUCUUCUGCUCCUCUUCUGCUAAAGGCUUUCAACCAUGCAUCAUCAUCAUCAUCAUCAACAGGUGGGUUUGUGAAAGGGGUGGUUACUUAUAUGGUUAUGGAUGAUCUUGUGGUCAACCCUAUGUCCGCCAUUACCAGCAUCACCCUUCUCAAUAAAUUUAAUAUCAAGGAAGUUGGUUCGUUGCAGGAAAAAGUUGUCGACGUGGGAAUGCCCGAGGCUGUGAAGUUGUUGAAGGCUGCUUUGGAGACGGACGAGGUUCUUACAACUGUCUUCUUGAAAUGA